CGCGUAGAACUAAAGAUCAAGAGUCGUCAUGUAGUCCCUUCAAAAGUGUUUCACCUAAUCAUUUCCUCACUGAUCUGUUUGAAUUGAGUCAGUAUCGAUUCAAUUCCAUUCCAAUUACUACGAAGCAUGUCUCACACAGCACUUGUCACCGGUGCGACGGGCCUGCUGGGCCGUCAGGUCUUCAAGAUUUUCAAACAUGCUGGCUGGCUUACUGUCGGCCAAGGGCACACGCGAGCUGUCCCGCCUACGAUCAUGAAGGCCAAUCUAGAAAAUCCAGAGGAAGCGAGGAUGCUGCUGGACGAGGCAAAGCCACUGGUCGUUGUUCAUUGCGCCGCAAACCGCUCUCCUGACCUGUGCGAGAACGACCCGGAAAGAGCUUCCAAGAUCAAUGUCGAGGCUACCCGUGCACUCGCUCAGGCUACGUCGUCACGGGGGAUCUUCCUCAUCUAUAUCUCGACGGACUAUGUCUUCCCUGGUCGGCCAGGCGAAGCCCCUUACGAAGCUUCAGCGAAACCCGAACCUACGAACAGAUACGGGCAGAUGAAAAGGGAUGGCGAAAUUGCCGUAUUAGAGGAGACUAGCGAAAACGGCAUGGGGGUGGUCCUGAGGGUACCUGUCCUCUACGGCUCCGCUCAGAAGAACGAAGAGAGCGCGGUGAAUGUGUUGGUAGACGCGGUAUGGAAGGCUCAGGACGAGAACGCUGGCGUGAAGAUGGAUGACUGGGCCCAGCGAUACCCGACCAACACGGAGGAUGUAGCAAGGGUGUGCCUUCAUACAGCGGUCAAGUAUCUCACUAACCGAGAUAAGCUCAAGGAGAUGCCAAGAAUCCUGCAGUUCUCGUCCGAGGACCGAAUGACAAAAUACGAGAUGUGCGAGAAGUUUGCGGAGAUCCUAAAUCUGCCAUUGCCCGGCAUGAUCAGGAACAAAGAGGGAAAUGAUCCGAACGCUCCUGUCCAGAGGCCGUACGAUACCCAUCUGUCGACCAAGGAGCUAAAGGACCUUGAAAUCGAUACGAGGACGGUGGACUUUGUAGCCUGGUGGAGGAGAGAACUAGGCGCAUACCGCAAGUAGAGAGAGAGCAUCAAGCCAUUGGUCAGCUCUCAAGCCUGUCGGGAGCAAUAUCCCUAGAGCAAUCGGAAUCUUCAGUCCUCUGGAGGAGCGAACGCACAUUCCAGAAAAAAAUCCUGUACAUACCUACCUACCUAUCAUGAUUCAGCUGCAAUGCUCAGCAAACAGAGUGUUGACGCCCAAGCACGACUGUCCACGAAUGAAGUCAAAAAUAUUUUCUGAGAAUUGACCCUUCCAAGGUAACCAGUUCUCAUUUCCGCAAAUUUCACAAGAAUGGUGUAGAAACAGCCCGGUAGAAAUUAGGACGGGUGAAUAUGAUAUGUUCUGAGACCAUUGAAGAUCUCCAUUUGCCGCGGUGGAGAUCUUUAAAGCCUCACGACUAGUGGCAAACUGGACAUCCAAUGUUGUAUCAGCGUGUGUGCU